AUGCGUCGCGGGUUGAGAGAGCGGUGUUGGGCUGGUGGUGGCGGCGACGAUCUCUGCACCUUGCCGGCGUCGCGCCUCCUCCUCUCCGACCUCGAGCUACCGCGUCGGCGUGCCUCUCCCCCUCGCGCCUGCUCCUCUGAGGCCCAGAACCGCCGCGGCGUCGCGCCUCUCCUCCUCGAUCUAGAAGGCCGGCGGCGGAUAAGUGCUUCAAUGUUCUACGUGGUGCAGACGCUGCAUGGAGUGGUGAGGGACAGUCGAACAGUGAUCGUGUCGAUCCAUCAGCCGAGCAAGAAGGUAGAAGCUGGUCAUGUUGGCUACUGGAAGUCUGAUAGAGUGAAGAAUAAAAAGGCUGGAAAUUCCAUUGAUGAUGUGGUAACAGAAGAAUUGGAGGUGCCUUCUGGUAUUAAUAAAUCUGGCAGAAAGGUUGAGGAGACAAAGGUUGAGAGUAUUAAAAGAGAUAAGGCGGCAACAGAGAAGUUGCUACAAGAAACAAUCGAAAAAAAUCAAACUGAACUUGCAGCUCAGAAGGAGUUCUACACAAAUGCUCUUAAUGCAGCAAAAGAGGCCGAAGCAUUAGCUGAAUCAAGAGUCAACACAGAAGCCAAAGUUGAGCUUGAGAGCCUCUUAAGAGAAGCCUGCGAAAAAGAAAAUAUGCUGAUUAAUACAAUCGAGGAGUUGAGGAAUGCUCUUACCAGACAAGAACAGGAGGCUGCUUUCAUGGAAGAACGGUUAAAAAGGGAUCAUGAUGAUCUUCAAAAGCGGUAUCAGGCCAGUGAACUUCGGUAUAAUGAACUGGUUACACAAGUUCCUGAGUCGACAAGGCCACUCUUAAGGCAAAUUGAAGCCAUGCAGGUAUUUGUGCUUCCACAGAUUUUUCCCUUCUUGGCGACGCUCAGUUGCGAAAUGACCGGCCAAGCCAUACUGAGCCCAAGCCGCUGCUGUUGCGCCUCUCCCCUCGAUGUACCAAGCGCCAUAGGUGGAGGAGCAGCGAGGGGCGGCGCUGGGACAGAGGUGGAGGAGCACGGAUUCAGCGCCGACUUACUUCUCGACGAAUUGGGCUAUUCGUGCGAUGGGGCGGGCGCGGUCUGCGUGAUGGCGCUGCUCCGUGAGAUCCAUGGACGGCGGCUCGGUGACAGAAAGCAGGUGGUGUAGGCCCGACGACAGAGGAGGGAAGCCUCGGCCACGGCCAAGGUUUGUCAUGGAUUUGAGCAAAAAGAAGAGUCAUAUGAAGGUGAUUUGGAGGAAGGAGGUGACCAUUACUUGCUAGAACUAUUGUGUUGGAGCCUUGGAGGAGGGUGAAUUUGCCAUCUAUAAUUUGGUAUUUAGUUUAGGCACAGAAAUAUGGUACACUAAUUGUUGGUUACAUUAGCAUUAUAUAAGUCUUUAUAAUCUUUCAUUUCUUAUCUUUAUACUAUUUCUGAGUGUGCCAUUCUAGGCCUGCUUGAGGCAUAUAAAAUUGCUUAUGUUGAAGGCAACACUUGUCGCUAUUGCUACCUGUGGCUGGAAGGGAUAGGAAGUAAAAAGGGAUAGAUAGUAUCAGCCUCUUGGAUGAGAAA